AUGGAGACCCUCACGGUUUGUGCUCCACAAUCUUGCAUGCUGUUUACGCAUUACACUUAUACAUGGCUUACGAAGGAACAUGCCGCAUCUACGAGCUAUCUCGUCGUGCCUCAAGGCAAGAAUCCGUUAUCCACUUUGCACUCGCUUCUCAGGAGGAAGAAUGCUGAUGACCUUCGUGUUCAUUCCUACUUGUCAGCAUCUGCAACCCGAGUGCGAUUCCGACUGGCCUUGAGGAUUGCUCGUGCAAGGCCAGCGAUCGCUUCGUUCUGGGUACCUGCGGUUCGGGUAAAAACUGAUCACUGGAGCUCACACACGCAUCCCAUACUCCCUUCCUUUGACGUCCCCGAUGGUCCUUACUCGGCCACAGUUCAUGAGAAGCAUAUACAUGCGUCACGAUCUUCCCUCACACAAGAAACCGAGUCGUCCCAUUUCACUUACUUCACUUCACUUCCUCUUUCGCGGACGGCACAGCAGACGAGCAACUCGCUGUUUUAG